ACUUGCACUGACACUUUAUCAUUUACUUCUAAAGAGCAUUUCAGGUUUACUCUACAGAGAAAUCCAGAGACUGAAUCCAUUUGAGAGAAUCCCAAGAAAAGAACAGUGUAGAAUCUACACACUAAGAAAGACCCUAGCUAUAGGUGGAGUAUGUGGCAAUCUAAGCAAAGCCUGGAACAUCAGGAAUAGCAGGUUCCCCACCCACACCCCAGCAAGAGCUAUAGGGCAGACACAGCUUCCAAGCACUAAAGAUGAGUUGUAGCUGCCUGCACCCAGAAACUGACUCUGAAUACGAGGAGGAAGAAGAGCCAAAGGGUGAGAAUGAGAUUAACAAAAAUGAAGAAAAAGUAGUUACCGCUGCAGUUGUGGCCGGAGCACACAAAUCUCUGGCUAACCAAAAAGACCGUGAGAAGGAACAGCAAAAACGAAGAGAGCACCAGCGAAGGAGAGAUAAUGAUAAACAGCGUGAGAGGGAGAGAAACGCAGAAAGAGAGAAAGAAAGAAGGAGACAGAAAGAAAGGCAGAGACAGGCCAACAAACAGAGACAGCAGCAGGCAGACAGACAGAGAAAGGCAGAUAAGCAGAGACAGAAAAAGAAAAAAUAAGAAGAUAUAAGUAGUAGAAAUGUGAAAUGAUGAAUACACUCCAGGCUUUUAAAUACAUAUGGACUUGGGCUGCUAGUUGUUCAUUUCCAGCUCUUUGCUAUUUUUAAACAGAAGUGAUAUAAACAUGUUUAUAGGAAAAGAAAGGUAAUGGUAUUAAUACAGCUGUGAUUCCCAAACCUUUUGUAUUGUACCCCUACAAGCAUGAAUUGUUGCCCUAACUACCCCAAAUGCAACACUAAAAUAUUAAUAGGUUAAAAAAUAAGAGGCAAUCGUGCGUACCCCAGAAUGCGAUAAAUUGGUUCAGUUUUUUAAUAAAUUUAUUUCAAAAUCUAGUUUUACUGGAUGCGAAUGCAGCAAUUCUUUGGAAAUAUUAGAGCAACUUCUAGAAAAAAAAACACACAGAACACACAUAUUGUUCCUUAAUAUUAUGCCACUAAUAUUACAAAAAACAUAUGAUGGGGGAAGUAAUAUUUAUGUUACCCCAUUUCUGCAUCUAACUUUAUCGCAUAUGCAGCUUCUCAAUCUCAUUUCAUUGUGGCAUACCUGGGUAUAGAGCACUUUACCUGGUGCAUUUUAUAAUGGCAUAUUUCCCUUGUGAUAUUUCACUGUGACCCUAUGACCCUAUAUCGGACAUGUCUCUGUGGCAUGUUUUCACAGUGCUAUGUUACUUGACAUAAUAUGUAUCAUCAUUUCUAAACUCCAGUCCUCAAAUAUCACUCAGCAGCCAGAUUCUCAUGAUUUCUCUACCUGAGUACAGGUGAGUCAGUCACAGUGAGUCAGCAGCUGACCAGCCCAGGCAGGGAAAUACAAUCUGGCCUGUUAGGGGUGCUUAAGGGACAAACUGAGAAACACUGAUUUCUGUGAUACAUUAAAUAUUUACAUUAGCUGGAUCAGGGAAAAAAGAUAAUAAAAGGGCAAAUGCUGGAGCAUCCAUUGCCUAUGCUCUAGGUACCCCCAGGGGUUACACGUACAAUAGGUUGAGAAACAAGGAUAUACACUACUCAUACAAAUUGUUAAAAAAUCUUCGUCACAUGAGCUCCUACAGUUUUAUUUCCUUAUUCGCUCCUUGUGAUUGUGAGUUUAUAGAAGGACAACAUAUUUGUUGUUUCUUGGACAAAACGUUCUAGGGCAAAUGCAACAAGCAGUAUAACUAAGUAUUGUUUCCAAAGGGAGAAAACUGUCACAUUUUAUGAAUUAUGUGGAAUGUUUUUGCUGUGAGUAUGAGUCUGAAAUAUUCAUUUAAAUGCAUUAAAGGAACAUUGACAUGUU